AAUACCCUUUUAUGAAUUUUAUAACAUUUGUCUCUAUUUAUUUAUUCUUUUGUAAGUCACUAUCAAAUUAUUAUCUAUUUUAUAAACAACGAGUUCCAUACAAAUUAAUAAAUCCUCGUGUCAGUCUAAGAUAAAUAAACCUUCGGCUCCUCCUGGAUAGUGAAGUGCCUGGAGCUUUGUCAAGUUCAGGAAAAUUGAGAACCAGGUUAAGAGGCAACCUCGAUUUGGGACGAUCUUACUUCCCUCAUGAUGAAGAUCACACAAAGGCUCUUCAUUGUAGCAUCUUCAAACUCAGAAAAGAGAUGGAUUUUCCCUUUAGCAAUGGUUUCUCUCAUGUUCAUAUGCAUAACAGCUGAAUCCUUCAACAUGGGUCUCUUCUCUUCCAUGCGUUCCAUUAACUCACUCAUCUUCUCCUCCAAUCUAUCAACCACAAACGAAACAACCAUCAAACUACCAGAGUCAAAGCUCAAUCAAUCCUCUUCACACCCUCCUCCUGUACAGUCUAGUCCUCGCUUUGGUUAUCUAGUAUCAGGGUCAAAAGGUGACUUAGAGUCUCUAUGGAGAGUGUUGAGAGCACUGUACCACCCGAGGAACCAAUACGUUGUUCAUCUCGAUCUUGAGUCUCCUGCUGAAGAAAGGCUUGAGCUGGCUAAACGUGUGAGUGAAGAUCCUAUUUUUCACGAAGUUGGUAAUGUUUUCAUGAUCACAAAGGCUAACCUCGUUACAUAUCGUGGACCAACGAUGGUGGCUAAUACGCUUCACGCAUGCGCCAUUCUCUUGAGGCAGAGUAAAGAUUGGGAUUGGUUCAUCAAUCUCAGCGCCUCUGACUAUCCUCUAGUGACUCAAGAUGAUCUUAUUCAUAUAUUCUCGGGGCUGGACCGGAACCUCAGUUUUAUCGUGAUAUAGUAAAAGAAGUAUAGAAGACACGUCAACAAAAGGGAAUGGACACGUCACCGGAAGGAAAGAAGAUACCAAAUAUAUAAGUCACUUGACAAUUAAUAUUUUCAUUAUUCGAAAUUGUAAAAGUUUGUAACAAACUCUCUCUCUCUCAUCUCUCUCUGUGUGACGAUCUCUCAUCUUUGUUGAUUUCCAUUGCUGGAGGAUCAUCACUGUGAGUAGGAAUUGGUGUUUUAGAACGUUGGAUUCCUGAUUUGGAUUUAUAAUACAAAGUGACGUUUAUCUCUUA